AUGAGUGAGUUCAAUAACAGAAUUAAUAAAGUCGAGGAACGUAUGACCGCCCUGGAACAACAAGUUUCGAAUCACAAUUUCGAACACGACAGUUCGCAAUUAUUGCAAACCCAACUACAGCAAUUGAAAGCAGACCUAAGCCGAAGAGAACAGGAGAGUAUGUUAAACGACAUACAAAUCAGUGGGCUACCCGAACAACAGGGUGAAAACCUCAUGCACCUGUGUCAGGUUAUCACUAAAAAAAUUGGCACCGAAAUUGACGUCCGUGAUGUAGUUAGCGUCGAGCGAGCUGGACCAAGGCGAAGCGUAGCACUCAAUGGCGAGCAGGCGCGUCCGAGGCCCGUAGUGGUCAGACUGGCGCGGCGUACACUGAGAAACGCUAUUAUACAAGCGGCACGAGUGCGGCGCGUUAUAGAUACGUCGGGCAUCAUGGAGGGAGCGCCGAAGCGCAUCUACAUUAACGAGCGGUUAACGGCCACCAAUCGACAUCUAUUUCACAGGGCUAAAGAAGAAGGAAAGAGAUGUGGUUGGCGUUACAUAUGGUCCAGAGAUGGAAAAAUAUAUGUGCGACGCGAACCAGGUUCAUCCGCCCACCGAAUUUGGACUGAUACGGACAUUAAUAAAAUUUUUGGUGCAAGUCAGGUUGGCACAAAUAUAAUUUAA